AUGGUUUCGAUAGAUCAAUCAUAUAACGUGCUCCCCAAGCACUUCGGCUCUGAGCACGACGACUACGUUCUCUACCCCGAACCACCCCAAGGAGUUUUCACCACCGCGCCCAUGGAAAUGAGUAUCCCUGCCGACGCCUCUUACAUGUUCCCGACCUCGAUGCCCAUGGAGGCAUCUCCCGUCUACGAGAACAACUUCAUCUACCAGAACCGCACCUCGCCCGGUCUGUACGAGGACGGCGACUACCAAUUGCCCUCAUCCAACCUCUCUACCACAUCCGCUCCCUCGGCGGCCUCGUCCAACGUGGGCUCGCCGCAGUCGCAUCACGACCAGCCGGUGCCUGUUCCCGAAUGGACGCAUCCCGGCAUCGCUGUCACCCCGGGCAUUGUGCCCCACGACUACUACAACACCACGGGUACUGAGUACUCGACCUACGCCGGCCCAGGUAUGGAAGACUUUGCAGCUUUCGACUUUGCAAACACCAAACCCCCGGGUUUCGUGGACCCUUCACUCAUUCACCCCGACAUCAGCCGGCCCAUGCCGAUGCCGGGCUUCGAUCCCAACUUCCACCACCCCCAGUAUCCCGCGUCGCCCGCUCUGUCCGCUUCGUCCCAACCCAUGAUCCGACCCGGCAGCCAAUCGCCUUUCAUGCACGGCGGCUUCCAGCAGCAGUUCAGCCCCUACGCCACGCCCGCCGACGCCCGCCGCCCCAGCCUCCAUUCGUUCCCCUCGACAUAUUCAGACGGCAACGGCUACAGUGGCGAUGAGUCCAAGGAGAAGCAGCGAUGCCCGCACCCCGAGUGCGGCAAGACCUUCAAGGACCUCAAGGCGCACAUGCUCACCCAUCAAAACGAGCGCCCGGAGAAGUGCCCGAUCGUGACGUGCGACUACCACAUCAAGGGCUUCGCGCGCAAGUACGACAAGAACCGCCACACCCUCACCCACUACAAGGGCACGAUGGUGUGCGGCUUCUGCCCGGGAUCAGGCUCGGCCGCCGAGAAGUCCUUCAACCGCGCCGAUGUCUUCAAGCGCCACUUGACGGCGGUUCACGGAGUGGAGCAGACACCGCCCAACAGCCGCAAGAAGAGCACGACCGCCAGCAGCGGCAAGAAGCUCGCCGGCUACCCUCCCGAUGCCACCGGCAAAUGCUCGACCUGUUCGCAGACCUUCUCCAACGCUCAGGACUUCUACGAGCACUUGGACGAUUGUGUGCUGCGCAUUGUGCAGCAGGAGGACCCUGCGGAGGCCAUCAACGCUCAGCGUCUGGCCGAGGUCGAGAACGACAAGGAUGUGCACCAGACCCUGGAGAAGAACCACCUCCCCACGCAGACACAGACGGCAUCCAUGGAGGACGAUGAUGAUGAGGAGAUGGACGACGAGGACGACGAGGACAGCAAGCACCGCACUUCGCCAAGCAAGCGCAAGGGCAACCCAGUCAACGGUGUUCAGAAGUCUCGCGGUCUCACCCACUCCCGCGGCGGAGGCCCCGUGCCGGUCAAGGCGAAGGGUCGCAAGAACCGCCGCGACUACCCUUCGUCUUGGGGUUUCGACAAGGGCCAGAUGACGAUGAAGAAGCGCGUCAUGGCGGUGUUCGACGGCCCUCGCCGGCUGGCCAAGGACGACAUGAUGCUCUCGACGGAUCACGAAGUGCGCAUCAAGCUGGCUGACGGUACCAACUACGUCACGGACCUCGACGUCCAGACGCUGAAGCGCGCCGAGGGCUUCCUGGGUGCGACGGACGAGGAGAAGGGACCGUGGAUCUCUGACGAUCCCACAGAGGAGCAACUUCGGCAGAUGCACGAGAUGCUCGAGGGCUGCUAA